AUGAAAAUUCUUCUGCUGGUUCCAUAUUUUUAUCUAGUUAAUUCUCUAAAUAUAUUAAUUUACUCGCCAGCUUUUGCCACAAGUCAUAUGAAUUUUAUGGCUCAUAUUUCGGACACUUUAACCGAUGCUGGUCACAAUGUCACUGUUCUAGUUCCAAUAACUGAUGCAAAAUUGAAACCAAGAAUUGGGCUUGAAAAAACUAAUGAUAUAAUAAUUGUUGAUCAUGAUGAUGAGAUGAGAGAAGCAUUGGGAAUUGCGCCGGAUGCUGAGACAGCUUUGAAAUUAUUGUGGGAACGCGUUGAGAAACCGGAAGAUAUGGAGAAUAAUUUGAAAUGGAUCUUUGAUCAAAUUCUUGCCACAUGCCCUUUGUUAUUGAGAAAUGAGGCAGUUAUGAAGGAAAUAGGCAAUCGGAAAUUCGAUGUUGCGAUUGCUGAAUCAUUGUCGGUUUGUGGAUUAGGAUUAUUCAAGAAGCUGGGGAUUGAGAAGACUAUUCUAGCCGCCUCUUGUGCGAUUUUUGAUUUUCAACAUGAUUUUAUUGGUGAACCGAAUCAUGUUUCAUAUGUUCCAAGUGAGUUCAAAUUUUUGAGACUUGGGAGAUCUAAGUUAUGCUAAUUUGAAAGAUCAGUACAGUGAUUUUCUCUGGAACUUUCUCAAAAUUUAGUCAAAAAAAUUUCAAAGUUCGAAAAUGGCUGCUGUGUUUUUCUAUAAAUUCCGAAAAUUUUUCAAACCUGAAUUCAAAUAAAUGUUUAUGUCGGACUUCACCUGAAAUUCCCAGCUCUGAAAUCCGUAUUUUAAAGCCUCCCACUUAUUUAUUUCACCUUCAGCUUCAAAUUGUCCACAUGGCGAUAAAAUGUCAAUAAUUCAAAGAUAUAUGAAUCACAAAUCAUCUGACGCAGCUCAAAGAACUAUCAUCAAUCACUUCAAUCGGGAAAUCAAACACUUCGAAAAAUUCGGAAUCUCAGAUUGGCGCGAACUUUUUCCAUCAGCUUCUGCUUAUUUCAUCAACUCCAAUCCUUAUAUUGAUUAUCCCCGUCCAAUUAUUCAAAAAACUGUAGCAAUUGGUGGAAUAAGUGUGCAUUUAGAUGAAAUUCAAUCGCAAAAAUUAAGUGAAGAUUGGCAGAAUAUUUUGGAGUUGAGAAAACGCAAUUUUCUCAUCUCAUUUGGAAGUAUUGCUAGAAGUGUUGAUAUGCCGAUUAAAUGGCGAGAUAAUAUUUUGAAUGUUAUUCGAACUUUCCCAGAUGUUACUUUUAUUUGGAAAUAUGAAUCGGAUGAUUUGGAAUGGGCUGAGGGUGUGGAAAAUGUGAAAUUUGUCAAAUGGACAUCUCAAACUGCAUUGUUGAAAACGAAAACAAAGUGUUUGCACGAUUGGUUUUUGUUAUACAAUAAUUUUUUUGUUACUGUAAAAGUGGCAAAGAAUUAUUGUAGCACAGAAACCUUUCUUGCUUGCAUUCACGGAAAAAGAGGGAAAUCUAACGUGAAUUUUUUGAGGUUUGAAAAGAUAGACAAAUUUUCGAAUUGAAUGUAAUUAUUUUAGACUUUAAGCCGCUUAUUUUUUCAGCUGAUUCACGAUUGAAUGGAUUUCUAACUCAUGGUGGUCUUGGAUCAACUCACGAGCUUGCUUAUCUUGGAAAACCUGCCCUAAUGGUCCCAAUUUUCGGUGAUCAAUUCAGAAAUGCGAAAAUGUUAGCUAGACACAACGGAUCAAUUUUGCUUGAAAAAUUCAGUUUGGCAGAUUUUGAACGCUUGAAAUCAGCAAUUUAUACAAUCCUAUCUGACUCAACGUAUUCUACAAAUGCAAAAAAGUUAGCCGAACUCUUGCAACAUCAGCCAAUAAUUCCAAAAGAACAAGUUGUAAGACAAGUUGAAUUUAUUGCAAAAUAUGGACCGUUUCCAAAUAUGGAUCCUUAUAGCAGACAUUUGUCAAUUAUUCAGAGAGAUUUAAUUGAUGUUUAUGCAAUUAUUUAUAUUUCUUAUAUUUUAGGUUUUGUAGUUUUGAUUUUUGUGUUUAGAUUUUUAUUGAAGUUUAGUUUUGGUAAAUCAACAAAGAAAGAAGAUUAA